AGGCUACUAUAUUGGUUUUCUCAUUGGCUCACAUUUGCAUGCUUAGAGCGGUCUCCCGAAUAAUACGUUUGGGAUGUUCGACCGGACAGCUCCCAGUCCGGCGACGAUUCUCCAUGGCCAAGCCAAUGAGGGAAGCCCAUCCCAGGACUUUCACCCGUGCAAACCUCCUUCUCUCCUCCCCGAUGCAUCCCCUGGUAUUUAACGACUAUGCUGCCACGAUUCAACGGCCGAUCAGAUAUACCAAGGAGCUACGUGUGCCGUUAGUCUUUCACCAGUUGCUCUCCCGCGAAAGUGCUGCGCUGCUCUCGGACCAACACCUCACAUGCGACGUGAAACCUCAAGGGCGAGCGCGGGUAUGGCACAUUUCUGGGGUGGAUGAGACCGCACUCUGCGGUACCAUUGAGGACCUCAGCGUCAGACUUUCCCGAUACGAAAACUGCACGCGAUACCUCCCGAAGCUCCCCCGGGGUGUCUACCGGUGCAUGUCUAUGGAUAAAAAAUGGAGGGCUAAGUUUGAAGCAGCUCAUGAGUGCACGAUCGUUGAGCCAAGAGACCUGAAACACUCAUUUGCAGUGGUGUGCCAGGACCCCAAUGGCUUGACAGGUGCGGUUAAGGCCCUCCAACAAAGAAUUAAAACCAUCGAACAAACAUCGUUUUUGCUCGAUCUCCCCGUCUGUCCCCCUAUGAACACGAUAGCGCGCAUUUCACGUGAAUCAGAUACCAUUAUCGUGUCCCACAGCCCCACGGUGCUUCUCGUCCACGGGUCAGAGUCCAACAUAUCUGCUGCUAUCGCUCUCUUCCAGACUCCAUCCUUGCAUCUAAUCGACGUACCUCCUGCGGUGGAAGUGUUGCUCACGUCAGGGUACCUUGCCAGACUCCAGGCGGAAUACAAAGGCUUGUACAUAUCCCUUUCCUCGAUGUAUUCCUGCCAAACUGUUUCCACACAGUUGGAGCAGGGGCGUUCAAAACUAGUGGUACAGGAAGAGAAAAAACCCCUACAGGAAAACAAUACGAAAACGGUAUCCUCAGUCCUCUCACUCAUAACACGCAUAAAGCUGUUAGCUGCGUCUGCACACACGGUGCAUAUAGAGCCGACAUAUGCAGCCGCCCUCCAGAGACGCCAUCUUGACGAUAUAGAGCGUUCUCUGGGCUGCCACAUUAUCUUUGCUGGCGAUAUUCACAUCUUCAAUGAGAUUAUGAGUGUGAAACCUGCCGUACAGGCGGUCAAGCGGUUGGUACGCAGGUUAGGCCGACACAGUAUUCAGGUGGACGUGCCAUACGCCUACUUCCCAGCCCUCUGUGGCCACCAGUUUCACGCUAUCCACGAGAUCGAAGCAGCCACGUCUGCGGUGCUCACGUUUCAGGAAGAUAUGGCGUUGGUUGACGUUCAGACUAAAACGGGGCAGCUUGGGAAGCAGUUGACGAUCUUUAGUAUCAGCGAAGUAGAAGCAGCAGGGGCCUUGGAAAUGCUCACCCUGAGGUUGCAGGCGUUGAUGGCGCACAAACCCCGCACCAUCAGGAUCCCCACAUCGCUAGUGAGCUUUUUCCGCUCCCCAAAGUUCACGAAUGCGUUUUUGCAGCUCGAAUCCCAUCUGACAUACAGCCAGUUGGUGGUGUACGGCAUCUCCAAUGAUAACAUUGCGGCCUGUGAGAAUGCUGUGGUGGGCCAAAUUGCGGCCCUCGAGUCUAACCUCGUUCAGAUUUAUAUCCCUGUGUACAUGCUCCAAAGCUUUACCCGGCUAUUUGACCCAGUUGUGGAGAAGCUCGACGGAUGCUACGGCAUUGAUCCGUAUAGGGGAAACAAUGAAAAGAAAAUUUCCAUCCAUGGGACCAGCGCAGACGUGAUGCAGCAAUUGCAUCGACAGGCUGAGAGGUUGCGAGACCAGAUUUUCCAGGAGACGCUGGUCUUCCGUGUGCCGAAAGACGGUAUAAGUGCCUUUAAUAACGAAGCUCUUACGAGGAUUAUGGCCCACACAGGGGCAGAAAUUGUCGACGGCGGAUCUGGCAAAUCUGGCGAACUACUGCUAUACGUUUCGAGGGGACAGACAAAUGAGGCAUCGCUGGUAGAGUUGGCAAUGAAGAUGCUUGAGGGAAGAUUGAAGGGCUACCAGGGCCGGCUCCUGUACAACGCACAUGUUAUGCAACGACGGUACAUAUAGCGGCUGUGCUAGAAAGGCCGCGUUCAUACCGUUGAACCAAAGGAGGCUAUUUUCUGUAUGUAGAUGACCAUCAGGGGCAAGACUUACAAGAAAACUAAUUCGUGUAAAAUGGGCAAUUUUAAGUGAAAUCCUAUAAGAAUGUCCGCAAACCUUUCAAAUGGGUUUACCUGGGUUAUCUGUAUAAAUCCGUGCUAUGAAAUGCUUCAUACCUCAAUUAAUUCAUCUGGCUUGGAUAUGGGGGAAAAGCGUACCAGUAUACCCCUGAUAUUUUAUCAAGAAGUAGUCGGAGGUUAUAGCCAGUUAUGGUAUAAAUCCAGAGUAAUGGUCUCAACGUGAUCAUAUAGAUAUGACAAUCCCAAUUUAAU